AGGCGGAAAUACAACCUAGCGCGCUGGGGAAUUGCUGUUAACCGGGAAAAGUUGCCGCAUGGCCAGCAUCCGCAUGCACUGUGACGGUAUUCUUUACGGUGUGGUCUUCUAUUCCCGAUUGUCGGCCAUUCGCAAAACGUCUGUAGCUGCAGUCAUAAUCUGUUGCUUGAUGCAAUUCUCCACCCACCCAUGGCCUGGGGUAACGUACGUCGACUAGGGAAAAUGGCUGAAGAUCUAGGAUUUCGCCUUUCGACUUUUCACCCUACUCGUAUCCCUCCCUUCGAAAGCCUCCAAACGGUGUACAGUCGGCCUUCGGAACGGAAUGUCUGCAUCCGCUGGUCCACCGUCCGAAGUCCAUUUGGAAAAAGGUCUAACGGAAUCUGAUAAAAGCAGAAGCACCCACGAGCACGAACGUGGACAUCCUCGGAAUGAUUCCAUCAACACGGUCUCACGCCCUUCUUCGCCGAUUGAAGUGUCAUCGGUCUACAACCAACCCAACAACAAGAGCACCCGCAGCAGACUCGCUCGAAAAAUUACUAUUCGCUCCAAUGCCGAUGUCAUUGACCCUGGACCGCCUCCCGAUGGCGGCCUCAAGGCCUGGACGCAAGCUCUCAUGGGCCACCUCGUUGUCUUCAACACCUGGGGGAUGAUAUCCGCGUUUAGCGUCUUCCAAGCCUAUUAUACUUCGGAGCUGGGACUGGAACCCUCGGCCGUAUCUUGGAUUGGCUCGGUGCAGAUGAUGGGACAUUUCGCUCUGGGGAUAUUCACCGGCCGGGCCUUUGACGCUGGAUUGUUCUACUGGCUUGUCAUUCCGGGACUGAUAUUAGGUUCGCUGAGCAUGUUCAUGACAUCGUUGUGCGACCAGUACUGGCAGUUGUUCCUUGCCCAGGGAUUGCUCUUCGGACUGGGCUGCGGGUUGCAAUUCACCCCUUCAGCAUCCCUGGUGUACACAUAUUUCUCGUCGAACAAGGUCGUUGCUCUGGCCAUCGUCGCUUCAGGAUCCGCCACUGGCGGCCUCAUCUAUCCCACCAUUGCACGCCAGUUGAUUCCGAAGAUUGGCUUCGCUUGGACUACGAGAAUUACCGGCUUCAUCAUGCUCGCAGUGGGAUGCUGUUACUGCUCGCUCCUGCGACCGCGGUUACCCCCUCGACGAAGCGGUCCCUUGCUCGAAUUGUCCGCCUUCAAGGAGGCCCCGUACACGCUCUAUCUGAUUGGCGUCUUCCUAACCUGUCUGGGGCAAUACUUCGGAUUCUACUACAUUGGCUCCUACUCGUUGCAAGUCGUCGGCGUACCCUACGACGUCUCAGUGGACCUCAUCAUGAUCAUGAACGGCGUCGGCGUCGUCGGCCGCAUCCUCCCCGGGUACCUCGCCGACCAGUACUUUGGCGGCUACAACACGCUCAUCCCCUUCGUCUUCGCCAGCGCGGCCGUCAUGUACAGCUGGACAGCCGUCAGGACCACGGCCUCGCUCUACGUCUUCGCGGCCAUCUAUGGUGUCGCGUCUGCGGGGUUCCAGGGCUUGUUUCCUUCGGUGCUGAGUUCCCUGACGAAAGACCUGAGUAGGGUCGGGGUGAGGAAUGGGAUGGGGUUUUGUAUCGUGGGGUUUGCCGUGUUGACGGGGCCGCCUAUUGCCGGGGCGCUUGUGCAGAGGGGAGGAUACUUGACGGCGCAAAUGUGGUCGGGGAGUAUGAUUGUGGCGGGGGGUGGUGUGUUGGUGUUGGGGAGGGUGGCGAAGACGGGGUUGGUGCUACGAGCGAAGGUGUAGGUUUG